AAUCUUGCCGAAGCUGUGUGGAACACACUCGAACUUUACGGACUCAAAAAUCGGAUCAUGGGUGUUGUAUGUGACAACGCUACAAACAACGAUACACUACUUGAAUCCCUUGAAGAGAAGUGUGCCGCUGAGGGGAUCGACUUCUCGCACAAGAAAGCACGGAUCCGUUGUUUGCCACAUAUUGUGCACCUAUCUGCGAUGCAGCUUCUCGAGGGCAUUGGUGCCAUCAAGCCAGAUUCAAGACGUAGAGAAUCUGCAUACCAGGACUCAGUUACUGCUCCCACAGACCGUGAGCAUGACGAU